GCCGGCUCUCGGCGGGGCCGGGCCGGGCCGGGCCGGGCCGUGGGGAUAUUGGCGCCGGCCGCCCCGGCAGGUAGCGGAGGAAGGAGGAAGCGGGCGGCCCUGCCGGCCGGUGUGCGGGUAACUUUCUGCUUCCCCCGUUCCUGAAUUCGCGAUUUUUUUCCUCCGUUUCUGUUUGCGUUGUGGGUGUGGACCUGACGAGCUUCUUUCCUCUGGAGUCAGCAGAAGGACUUUUACCAUGAAUAAUUCUACUCCAGCUACAGCUAAUGGGAAUGACAACAAGAAAUUCAAAGGAAGCAGAUCUCCAUGCUCCCCUUCUCGUGUGCUUCAUCUUCGUCAAAUUCCAAGUGAUGUCACUGAAGCGGAAGUCAUUUCAUUAGGUCUCCCUUUUGGCAAAGUAACCAAUCUCUUGAUGCUAAAAGGAAAAAGUCAGGCUUUUUUGGAAAUGGCUUCUGAAGAAGCUGCUGUUACUAUGGUGAACUACUAUACUCCUGUUACACCUCUCCUCCGCAGUCAGCCUGUUUAUAUUCAGUAUUCCAAUCACAGAGAACUUAAGACUGACAAUCUACCUAAUCAGGCCAGAGCCCAAGCUGCAUUGCAAGCUGUGAACGCUGUGCAGUCUGGAGGCCUGGCUAUUACAAGUGCUCUUGCUGCUGAAGGUGGACUCCUUACAGGUCAAGGUUCUGUUCUUCGAAUCAUUGUUGAAAAUCUUUUCUACCCUGUCACUUUGGAAAUGCUGUAUCAGCUUUUCUCUAAAUUUGGACCUGUCUUGAAGAUUAUCACCUUCACAAAGAACAAUCAAUUUCAAACCUUGCUUCAGUAUGCUGACCCAAUCAAUGCAUAUUAUGCCAAAAUGGCUCUGGAUGGCCAAAAUAUCUACAAUGCAUGCUGCACUCUGCGUGUAGACUUCUCCAAGUUAACAAGCCUUAAGGUAAAGUACAACAAUGAUAAAAGCAGAGAUUUCACUCGCCUUGACCUUCCCCCUGGUGAUGGCCAGCCAGCCAUGGACUCCACCAUAUCUGCUGCCUUUGGCACCCAUGGUAUCAUGUUCCCACCAUAUGCAGGGGCUUCUGGAUUUGCCCCAGCCGUGGGCUUUCCUCAUGGUGCUGGUCUUUCAGUUCCAGCUCUUCCUGGAGCACUUGGUUCUCUUGCAGUCACCACAUCUGCAGCAUCUGGACGGAUAACUAUUCCAGGUGUUACUGGUGUUCCAGGAAAUUCUGUUUUACUGGUCAGCAACCUCAACCCUGAGGCCAUCACACCACAUGGACUUUUCAUCCUAUUUGGCGUGUAUGGUGAUGUGCAUCGUGUGAAGAUCAUGUUUAAGAAAAAAGAAAAUGCUUUGGUUCAGAUGGCAGAUGCAAUCCAGGCUCAACUAGCUAUCAGCAACUUGAAUGGACAGAGGCUUUAUGGGAAGGUCCUCCACGCUACUUUUUCAAAACAUCAGACUGUUCAGCUGCCUCGUGAAGGACAAGAGGACCAAGGUCUGACAAAGGACUAUAGCAAUAGCCCUUUACAUCGCUUUAAGAAGCCUGGCUCUAAGAACUUCCAGAAUAUCUUUCCUCCGUCUGCCACCCUGCAUCUCUCCAAUAUCCCGCCUUCUGUAACUGUUGAUGAUCUGAAGAACCUUUUUGCAGGUACUGGAUCUACUGUGAAAGCCUUCAGAUUCUUCCAGAAAGAUUGCAAAAUGGCUCUUAUCCAGCUGGGCUCUGUGGAAGAAGCAGUUCAUGCUCUUAUUGAGCUUCACAAUCAUGACUUUGGAGAAAACCAUCACCUCCGAGUUUCCUUCUCAAAAUCUACAAUCUGACUUUUCUGUGAACGUUCCUUUUAAGACAGCAUCGCAGUUUUGGUUAAGAUCUUCAAAUAGAGACUGAAGCAGCUGUGACCAACUCUGCCUCUUAAAAGAAAAAGCUUAUUCAUACACACAGCAAAGAAUUAGGGGAUGAUCUUUUCUGAUUGUAGCUGCCAGUAUGUGAUCAACAUUUAAUAUUCAUUCAUAAAAAGAUUCUUCUAUGAAAUGUCUUUUAGAAAUAAUAUUUAUCAUCAAAUUUCCUACUUAGAAUUUUCUUUUGAGAAUAUCUUUUUAGUUUUUAUUCCAAAUCAGCCUUACAAAACAUUUUGGAGUGCUUUUACAAUAUACCAAACAAACAAAAAAAAAUCUAACAAAAUGAUGAGUCUACUCUACACAUAUUAAACACUAAUUUGAAUGUGAAAUAGUGCUUGGAUUUCUUGAAGAAAAGCAAGCAUUGACUGUGAGUGCCCUCUGAAUAGUAUUUAUGUUACUGAGGUGUGUGUUCAUACUUUGGCAAAUCUUUACAAUUAACUUUUUUAAAAAAACAAAGUCUGUGCUGUUCAUAUGGGUUAAAUUAUUAGAGAAAAGGCAGUGCCUUCUCUGUGGAAUAAAAGAUAUUUGAUGAGUUUCUUCAAGAUGUGAUAUCAGAGUUUUAGCUUGACUUCAUCAUGUAAUGGAAGUUUGUGUUAUUUUUACUAUGAAGUCGUGUUGUGUAAUAGUAUUUUGGAGAAUAUAAGAGGGGAAAAUAGUCCUGAUUUCAAAGAGUUUUUUACAUUUCUUUAAAGAAAAAAAUGUUUACAAUCUUAUAGAAAAUAUUCAGGUCUAUGACGGUUUAAUGAAUUUUUAAGAAGUUAUUUUUGGUAAGGUCAUAUUUGGGGAUGAAAAAUUAAACCUCAGCAGUUUUUU